CUGUGCUCAUAAAUAAUCUUUCACAUAUAUCUGGUUUUAGGGGCAUUAAGCAGUAAAAUGGUCGCUGCUGAUCCAGAUUCCUAGAAUAGACAGUCUACCCAUCACAGUUGUAUCAAAGUAUUAACUGUAAACAAAGAGUGAGUUUAUCCCUUGAGGGAUGUUUAUUUAACUUUCAUCAGGGCAGCUAAUUGACAAAAUAUCAUCCUGUGGAAGCUAAUGUCACACUGAAUGACACUGGAUUAGUCAUACUCCUCUGUCUACCUUCCUCUUUUUCUGCAUUGUUUGAAGUUGAUGUCGCUCAUUUGGUCUCUGCCACAAGUGUAAGCGUAAGAGAGGAGGCAGGGGGAAGUCGGCGCCUGUCCAUCAGCAAACACCGUGUCCUCAGCCACCCCCUGAGUGUGACUCAUCAGGAAGUGCAGAGCUGUGUGUGUGUGUGUGUGUGUGUGUGUGAGGAUCAUAGCAAGAUGUUAGAUUACUGAACAAUAUUUAUAACAAUAAUCAGGUUGUAGUCUUUACUUGUAAACUAUACUCGUAAAUAAUCUUUCCAGUUCACAUGUAGGCUUUCUGUUUUAGCGGCAUAUGCAGUAAAAUGGUUGCUGCUGAUCAAGCAUAGAUUCCUAGAUUUGGCUCUCUCCCCAUCAUAGUUGUAUUGGAUUUACACUCAUUCAUUCCGUGAACAAUCUGACAGGCCUCUUCUUGAUCCUUUGUUUGCACUGUUACGUGAGCCAGCUAUUGAUAACAGUGAACAGGGAGUUGGUCACUUGAGGGAUGUUUAUUUAACUUUCAUCAUGUCGACAAACUGUCACAUUAUCUGGCUGUUUAAACCUUGUUGAUUUUCCGGAGCAUGCCUUUACACUUCCAUUUUAUCACAGAUCAGUUUCCUUCCUGUUGAUUUUUUUGGACAAUGAACCCAAAUUCUUUCCUCCAAAUAACUGUAACAUAACACAUUGACUACACAAGAAGCAUAUUUGCUUUAUCACUGCCCGCAGACAAAAUAAACAAAGGGCAAGUACCUGAAAAACAUUGUCCUUUUGAAACUAAUGUUAAUAAUGAACUUGCUUUGUGUGCCUCCACCGUAUUCCCCCGUCUACCCUGUUGGCCUGACCACCACCUCCCUCCCACACAGUCAAUCAUCCCUCCCUCACACAUUUACCUCUCACUGUCAGUCAUUCAGCUUGGAGUGCGGGCCUCUGUAGAAGCCUUUCACCUGCUGCUCCUCCAGUCCUUCCAGCAGACGAAGGACGCCGCGUCUCUUUGCCAGUACCAGUGGGGUCGAUCCGUUGUGGUUACUGUUAGACAACCAACAGAAACAGCACAGUUUGACAUCAGGGUCAAAGGAACAGCGCUGCAGGAAAUAUCAUGUAGGCUAAUGCAACUUAAAAAGCAAACCAUAUUUCACCAGCCGACUUGACAAAGUGCCAACACACACGCGCAAACAAACACAACCACAUGCAGUUAGUGGUCAGAUAGAUAUUAUCUGACCACAAAUGACUUUUCAUUCAUAUCCACUUCUGUAAUGGUUUAAUUUGUAAUCUAAUCUCAGUAGGCCUAGUGUUGAGCUUUCAGUCAGAGAAAGUGAGUAGCCUGAAGUCAUAACAGUUGGCCUGUAGCUGAGAUUGUCCAUUAGUCAUGGUAAUAAACACAUCUGUGCUCAAGAUCGGGUGUUAAUAAAUGGUGUGUAUUCUGUGUAAAGAUACUGCAGUUAACUGGAAAAAUACUGUGGUUUCAUAAGUUUUUUUUUUUUAGUAACAUGUUUUAUCUGGACAACAGGUGUUAAUGUAUUGUGCCUGCUGCUCCAUAGCAUCACUUGUAAGAAACCUCAAGUGUUUUUGAGUCUCACACACAGAAUGAUGGUGACUGAAGGUUGUGUCCGCUGCCUGCAAACAUGUUGUAAGUUUGUUGCACUUUUAAUAUAGGUAAGUAGGCUAAUUUUGUAAUUUUACAGAAUAUUUGCAGGAGGUUAGAAAGACGCAGUGUUGUUGUAAUGGGAACAUUUUCAGUAAUAUGAUUUACACUUAUUUUAGGCUGAUAAAUACAUGUUUUAUGAUAUUUCAAAGUGUAGUCAUGGACUGUAAACUAACUAUAGCUACAUUGUUCCAGAGGUGUCUCUAAAUUCUUUACAAACCAGUUUCCUUAAAUGCUAUUUUCGGUGUGGACACACCCCUCUAUUUGAACUGAUGCCACUCUAAACUAAAACUUCAAUGGCUUCAAUAAAUUAAUGGGCCCAGGCAGUGAACACAUGUUAGAACUCACAGUAUAGUAAUUAAUUAAUAGAAAUUUAAAGUAUUAACAGAAUAAUUCUUUAGAAAGUUAAAGCUUUAUUACAUGUUUGCAGUCACUGUUGAUGUAAGUCUCCAUAGCCAGCACAUGAUCCUUUGGCAACCUAUCUAAAUAAGUCUUUCUUAAAGACUUCUCAUCUCUAAAUACUUCAGCAUGUAGAAGUAAACAUGACACAUGAAAAUCAUUCUCUCUACACCCACACAGAUUCAAACCUGCCAUCAGCCUCAUGCUGGGCACAUAUGCCCACAGGGAACAGGGAAUGAAGCAGCCCCAGCAAAGACGGUGAUAAACACAUUGACUCUGUUCAAAUGCCAGCCCCUGACAAGGCACAGCCUGCACAGUCCCAUUACUAAAUCACCCUCUUUCAAAGACUUGAGCCGGCUCCGUCUCACAUUCUUGACAUAUCCCACUAAACCAUCAAUAUGACAGAAUAUUUCCACUUAGUCUGACGCAGACAAUUGACCACACCUAAGGGCUAAGCUAUAAAAGCCGUCUACGACGCCUCUGCUUCAGCACUCCGGCGUAGACGGUGGGGAUAAUGUUUCGGCUUCAGCUUUUCUCGGCACUCAUCCUCGUACAUAUUCUGAGUUCUGUAUCGUUAGGAGAAUGUGUGCACGUGAUUCUGGGGGAUCCUGUUACGUUUCCAGUAACUGGAAACUGUGGGAUCGGUGAGCCGGCUGCUCUGUACCGGGUCCGGCAGCACGGUACCAUUCAGCUGGUGGCCCGCCUAGAGCAAGGUGUUUGCAAACCGAGCGAAGAUUACAAUGACAGAAUGAAUCAAAGCUUGUGUUUCCUCUCCAGUCGGUACACGGACACCGGACUAUAUCAGUUAAACUGCGGCAGCCGCGAGGAGAACAUCCAGCUGGAUGUGGUUGUGGGUUUUGAAGUGUCAGUCAAAGAAGGAAAACCGGUGAAACUCCCGUGCUACUACUCUACUACAGGUAAACACGUGGAGGCUGUACGCUGGUGGAAAAAGGAGGACUUGGUGCUGGAGCGGGACCUGUCCUCUGAACUGACCAAAUAUGGGACAGGGUUUGAGAGAAGAGUGUCUCUGUCACAUGAUGGCCACAGCGUGGGAGACUGGUCCCUGAUCUGGGAUCGUGCUGAGCUGGAGGAUGAAGGUGACUACUUCUGUUCUGUCCACAGAAACGGCGCAAGGGAAGGAUGGGGAAACCCUGCUGCGGUGAGGCUGAAGGUCAGCAAGAGAAACCCGGAGCAGACCACCCUCUGCCCCACCCUCACUCGGACACAGACCAUCACUGAAGAGAGGAUGGGGACCCUGGCCGUUGUGUUCACAACAGUAUUUGUGACUCUUGCCAUUGCCCUAUUGUUCCUGCUUCCCUGGCUUGUGAAAACCCGCUGCGCCAAUGGACCCUGUGGUUGUCGGGGUCAAUUUCAGCCUGUUGUACAAAACGGGCAACAUUCUCAAGCCAAUGUAGUCGAGACUCAAAUGACAUCACACCCUGAAGUGCCCUAAAAUGAUAAAGGUGCCAUGAAGGGUGCGCUGACCUGCGGACAGUAACGACAUGUGGGGCAUGAUAAUAGGCCCAUUGAAGUUUCAAAUGAACAAGUUAAAGACUUCCUCCCAUAGAAGAGGGCAGGAUCUUAUUGCUCCCAAAGGACUCUGAAAUCCACUUCUGCUGGUCACCUGUUACAUUCUUAUUUUUGUUGCAAGAAGUGCAAGAUAGUUCAUCAGCAAUACAUUGAAACAGACCUACUCUGUCAAACUGACAAAAAGUGGGAUAUGAAUGUCAGGCUGUUCAAGUCUUUGAUCGAGGGAGAUUCAGCGAUGGGACUAUGCUGUGCCUUGUGAGCUGGCUUUAUGGCCUUGGUCCUGCGUCUUAACCCAAGUCAAGGUCAAAGUCAGUCUAAAAUUGACUUUAAUUUCAGUGAGGGUAGGCUUUAAAUGUUAACUAGCCUUCUGACACACAGACUGGGUCCAUUGUUUUUAUAAAGGUUUUGAGCAGGGGGCAUUAGUCACCAAAUAUGCAUGAAUUUCAAAAACAAAGAGGAAGUUUGUCACUUGAGGGAUGUCUGUUUAACUUUCAUCAUGUCAAGUUUUAAAUAAAACUUUUACACUACCAUUUCA